AUGCCGGACCAUGACACUAUUCCGGUUGGUGAGUCAAGCGAUGUGCAGGGAGGAUCAUCGCAGACUUCUAAAAUGACUACUAUGGAUCCCUCCUCCCUGUAUCAUCUUCAUCACUCUGAUAAUCCAGGUGCUCUCCUCGUCUCCACACCUCUCAAUGGUGAUAACUAUCCUACCUGGCGACGUGCCAUGUGUAUGGCCCUAUUUGCGAAAAAUAAAAUGAUGUUCGUGGAUGGGAGUCUCCCGCGUCCCACUUCGCCACUCUCUGCUGUCCAGACAUGGGAUCGCUGCAAUUUCAUGGUGUUAUCAUGGAUCCUCAAUGUCCUCACCCGCACCAUUGCUGAUAGCCUGAUUUACGCUGAAACUGCUUCUUCUGUUUGGAAGGAGCUUGAGGACUGUUUUUCUGGUGGUAAUGCCGCUCGAGUUUUUCAACUCAAGAGCUCCAUUGCAACCAUACAACAGGGGACGGAUUCCCUCUCUUCUUAUUUCACACGGCUGAAGGUUCUUUGGGACGAGUUAGCAUCAUAUGUUGCUGUUCUAACAUGUUCAUGUAGCGCGCAAAAUGCCCUUCACUCGGCUGGCCAGCAAGAGCGUGUGUUUCAAUUUUUAAUGGGAUUGUCGGAUGUCUAUGCAUAG